GUAAAGCCCGCGCGGCGCUGUGGAAGCUAAGCUGAGCCGAGCUCUCACGGAACCCAACGGACAUCAAAGAGAGGGAAUACAAUGUCUGUUCUGUUGACACGGCCUUCCAGUGUUCACCCAAUCAGAAGUUCAUUACCAUAAUUCAGAAAGUCGUCCAGAAGACGGUUCCCGCCAAGCUGAUCGGAUACCAUGGGAGCCAAUCAGGUCGCGCUCCUCCUGACGCUCUCCAUCCUGUGGCCCAGCGCCGCCCUACCUUUCACGCCCGGGAAUAUCGGGAAUCUGUUCGGGAUGGCGGAGAGUGACGGGAGGAUUCUCCAGCGGUCCAAACGUGGAUGGAUGUGGAAUCAAUUCUUUCUGCUUGAGGAAUACUCGGGAAACGACCAUCAAUACGUCGGCAAGCUUCACUCCAACAUGGACCGCGGCGAAGGCAACGUGAAGUACGUCCUGACGGGCGACGGGGCCGGCAGCCUCUUCCUGAUCGACGAGAAGUCCGGCGACAUCCACGCCACCAAGCGGCUGGACCGGGAGGAGAAGGCCAUGUACACGCUCAACGCCAAGGUGCUGGACCGCAGGACCAACCUGGAGCUGGAGCCCGACACCGAGUUCAACAUCAAGAUCCACGACAUCAACGACAACGAGCCCAAGUUCGCCAGGGAGAUCUACUUCGCCAGCGUGCCCGAGAUGUCCGAAGUCGGUACAUCCGUCGCCACGGUAACCGCCAACGACGCCGACGACGAAACGUACGGGAACAGCGCCAAGCUGGUGUACAGUAUACUUCAGGGACAGCCGUAUUUCUCCGUGGAUUCAGAAAACGGCACCAUCAAGACAGCCCUGCCUGGCAUGGACCGAGAAGUCAAGGAGAACUACCAGGUGGUGAUCCAGGCCAAAGACAUGGCGGGGCAGAUGGGCGGGCUUUCGGGGACCACGACGGUCAGCAUCACGCUCUCCGACGUCAACGACAGCCCGCCGCGCUUCGCUAACCAUUCCUUCCGCGUGACCGCCGUGGAGUCAACGGAGAUCGGAGGCGCCAUCGGACGCAUCAAGGCCGACGAUCCAGACGUCGGCCGCAACGCCGAGAUGGAGUACAGCGUCGUCGGGGGUCACGACAACUUCGACGUCGUCACCGACCAAAGCACGCAGGAGGGAGUCAUCGUCAUCAAAAAGGCACUGGAUUAUGAAAGCAAGAGGGACUUUGAGUUCAGAGUGGAGGUGAGGAACACCUACCUGGACUCCAGGUUCGUCCACGGCCUCCAGUUCAAGGACUAUGCCACGGUCAAGGUCACCGUGGAGGACGUGGACGAGCCCCCGGGCUUCACCAGGAACCCGUACGUCAUCGAGGUGCACGAGGACACGGCCGCCGGCAGCUUCGUCGGCGUGGUGUCGGCCAGGGACCCGGACGCCGACAACAAGCCCGUCAAGUACUCCAUCGAUCGGCACACAGACCUGGAGAGGCUGUUCAACAUUGACUCGGUGAACGGCACCAUCACCACGCUGAAGGCCCUGGACCGGGAGAUGUCCAAAUGGCACAACAUCUCCGUGUUGGCCACAGAAAUAAACAACCCGCGGCAGACUACCCGAGUGCCGGUGUUCAUCAAGGUGUUGGACGUCAAUGACAACGCGCCCGAGUUUGCGAUGACCUACGACACCUUCGUCUGCGAGAAUGUGAAAGCUGGACAGCUGAUCCAGACCAUCAGCGCCGUGGACACGGACGAACCCCUCGUCGAGCACAAGUUCGUCUUCAGCAUCAGUGCCAACAAUCAGAACUUCACCGUCGUCGACAGGGAAGAUAACACGGCCAACAUCCUGACGCGGCGCGGCGGCUUCAGCCGGCGCGAGAUGAGCCUGUACUUCCUGCCGGUGGUGAUCUCGGACAAUGACUACCCGAUCCAGAGCAGCACCAGCACGCUCAUCGUGCGCGUGUGCGCCUGCGACAGCCGCGGCAACAUGCAGACCUGCAACCCCGAGGUGCUGCCCUUCUCCGACGGCCUCACCACCGGAGCCCUGGUGGCCAUCCUGCUCUGCGUCGUCAUCCUCCUCAUGAUCGUGGUGCUGUUCGCCGCCCUGCGGAGGCAGAGGAAGAAGGAGCCUCUGAUCAUCUCCAAAGAGGACGUCAGAGACAACGUGGUCAGCUACAACGACGAGGGCGGCGGCGAGGAGGACACGCAGGCCUUCGACAUCGGCACGCUGCGCAACCCGGAGGUGAUGGACGCCAACAAGCUGCGGCGGGACAUCAUCCCCGAGAUGCUGUUUCCCUUCCGGCGGACGUCGCCGAUAAAGGACAACGCCGACGUCAGAGACUUCAUCCACGGGCGGCUGCAGGAGAACGACGCCGACCCCACGGCGCCGCCGUACGACUCCCUGGCCACGUACGCCUACGAGGGCAGCGGCUCGCUGGCGGAGUCCCUCAGCUCGCUGGAGUCGGCCGCCGCCGAGGGCGACCACGACUACGAUUACCUCGGCAACUGGGGGCCGCAGUUCAAGAAGCUGGCCGAGAUGUACAUCGGGAAGGGUCCCGACACGGAGACCUAGACGGGAGUUUUUAUUGUUUUUUUUCAAGCCCAUAUUUUACGUCUGUUCAACGCGGCUACCUAGCUAGCCAGACAUUCGUCUCGUCGGUUCGCUAGUUGACCGUCCGUCCAUCUAUCUAUCUAUCCAGCUAUCUAUCUGUUUAUCUGUCUAGUUUGCUAGCUAGCGUGCUAGUUGACUAGCCGUCUAUUUGAUUCGCUCGCAUCAAUAAUCGCUGCGUUCCACGACGCGGAAAAGCUGAAAAUGGAAAAAUCGGAAGACUCGAAUUGAGAGGAAUUCUUCUCGUUAACGGGGAUGCAGUAUAAUUCUCAAAAGUUGUGCGUUUUUUUGAUCAUAAUCAGUAAAGAUGCCUUUGAAUCUUAGGUGUGGACAAUGUGUUUUUUGUAAUUGACCUGAGAGAUAGUAUAGUCUCGUAUGCUAUCAGUGUUUAUUGGCGCCGGACUGGUUUUGGGGCGGGUAGAGAAGGAGUCAAGUGGUUUUUCCAGCCACCUCCAUUAAAUACUGUAAAUGUACAAAGUGUUUUUAAUGAUGGACAUCCUAUAUACUAUUUGCUAUCUUUUGUUUUCGACAAGCAAUGUUCAUGUGGGUGGGUUGGUGCAGUUUAUUUGUCAAACUGUGAAUUCAUUUCCAUCAUUUAGGUGUACUAUGUAAUGGAAAGUGUAUGUCGUAGGAUAACUGUCAUACACUGGCAAUUCAUGCUGUUCGAAUGCUGAGUCAUACUGUUUUAUAUUUAUAUUUUUAUACUUAUUUUUUCAAUAAAAUGAUGUAAAAAAAA